AUGGAAAACUGUAAACUUGCAACUCCAACCCUAGAAGGAGAGCAGCAUGUGAUGGCUGCAGCUUUGCACCUCACAAAAGCUUUAGUGGGAAUUGAUUAUCUGAAUGAUGAUUUGAAGAAAAUCCUCAGUGAUCUAGACUCCCACUUGUCUGCCAUGGUUGUAAUCACAGAAAGCAAAGAAGGGGAGUUUUUGGAAUUGGAACAGCGGCUUAAGCAAGCCGAGAAAAAGGUCAAUAGGUGGGGGUUGAAUAAUCUGAUGGUAUGUGACUAUUCCCCUAUUGAAGCUUCUCAGAACAUUGAAGUCAUUGAUCAAAUCCACGACCUGAUGGAAAGCCUCAGAAGCUUAGAAGUGGAUGAGUAUGGGAAACCAAUAAAGCUUCUUCAAAGAGUUGAGAGUCUUCUUCAGACAGCGAUGUCAAAGCUUGAAGAAGAGGUGGAUUACAUUCUUCAUCAGCAAAAACAAUACUUUGAGCCUAAGGACAUGUCAUUCCGAUCUUGUGGAUCAGAUGUGGUGUUUGACGAAUCCUUUGUUUCAGUUGGGGAAGAGCCACAAGAAGAAUCAUUGCGAAGAAACAGCAAUGGCUGUGAAUCAGAAGAUUAUCUUGUUGAUCUGGUGCGUCCCCAUGUAUUGCCUCAUCUGAAGUCCAUUGCUAACAUAAUGUUUGCUUCAAAUUAUGCAGAAGAAUUUGCCAAGAUCAAGGCAAGGAAAGAAGCCUUAGACACAUACUUGGUUAGUUUAGGCAUGGAGACAUUCAGCAUUGAGGAUGUGCUCAAAAUGGAAUGGAAAAGCUUAAACCACGAGAUCAAGAGAUGGUCUUGGAUCAUGAAAAUCAUCAUCCAAGUUUAUCUUCCAAGCAAAAAAAGGCUCUGUGAUCAGAUUUUAGGGGAGUUUGGAUCUCACUGUUUCAUGGAUAUCUCAAAAGCUUUAUUAAUGUACCUGUUGAAUUUUGGUGAAGCUGUGGUAAUGGCAGAUUAUCAGCCUGAAAAGUUGUUUCGAUUGCUGGACAUGUAUGAGGUUCUACGAAAUGUUCUCUUCGACAUAGAUAAUUUGUUGUCUGAAGAGUUGGGAUCUGAUAUCCGAAUUGGGUUUCACAAUAUUCUAGAGAAACUAGAAGAUUUCUCAAGAGCAACAUUUUCUAAGUUCAGAAAUGCCAUUGCUUCCAGCACAUCAACCACUCCUUACACAGGAGGUGGUAUUCAUCCUCUAACAAAGUAUGUCAUGAACUACAUCAAGGCCCUUGUUGAAUUUGAUGAUACACUCAAUGUUUUUCUCAAGGAUCAAAGUUCAAGUUUUCCUGAAAAUCCUGACUUAGUUUUUGAGCUUGACAAUAUUCAAAAGGACGGUUCGACUUUGACUACAUCUUGUCCCACAGCGAACAAUCUUCGAUCAAUCACAUCAACUCUAGAAUCUAACCUCGACAAAAAAUCCAAAUUGUACAAAAAUGGUGCUCUGCAAAAUGUGUUCUUAAUGAAUAAUAUCAACUACAUUGUCUGUCACGCCCUUCCAAAGGCAGUUUUCAAAGAAAAGUGUAGGAGUUUCAGUGUUACCUUUGAAGAGGUUUAUAGAAACCAGACAGCAUGGUAUAUCCCGGAUUCACAACUUAGGGAAGAUCUUCAAAUUUCGAUUUCACAACUUGUAAUCCAAGCAUAUAGGAGUUUUACUGGGCGAAACUCCAAUGACGAGAGGCAUAUCAAGUACACUGCUGAUGAGCUAGAAAUCUUUCUACUGGAUCUCUUUGAAGGGUCACCAAGAUCAUUGCCCAGUUCCCGCAGGAGAUAA